AUGCUAGAGAAUACGGCGGAUUAUGACCCUCUAGAAGAUAUCACCAAUAUACUUUUUUCAAAAGAAUCACUGGACAACAUAGACGAAUUGAUAAAUGUUACUAGAAGCUACAAAAAGCAACUGCAAGACGACAUUCUUAAAGAGGAGAAGGAAUUGAAUGGCUCUCCUAAAAAUCCCGCCGAAAUGGAGAUUUCCCUAAGGAAGGUUUUCCAAGAUUUCAAAGAAACUCAAGAUAUCUCUGCUUCUACUGAAUUGACAAUUUCGAAUCUGACAGAAGGCAUUUCUUACCUGGACAUUGCCAAGAAAAACCUCACCCACUCUUUAACUCUUUUCCAAAAUUUAAAGAUACUAACCGAUAGCUAUAUACAAUGUAAUGAACUUCUUCCUCAAGGCUCAUUCAAAAAAAUGGUUUCUCCUUACAAGAUAAUGUGUUCCUUAGCUGAAAACACAUUUGUCUCCUACAAAUCGUUGGACGAGAUAAACUAUCUGCUAAGCUCGAUAUCGAGACUGAAAGCAGACACUUCAUCCAAGAUCAAACAAAACUACACUGCGCUCUUUUCCAGCAGUAAUAUCUCCGAGCAUGACACAACGCUCACCUCCGAAUUGCGCGAGGGCGCUUGUGAGUUGCUCGAUUGCGAUACAAGCAUGAAGGCUCAAAUGAUAGAUUGGUGUCUGGAUAAGCUUUUAUUCGAGAUGAGAGAGAUUUUUAGGGUAGAUGACGAGGCCGGAUCCUUGGAGAAUUUAUCGAGAAGAUAUAUUUACUUUAAAAAAAUUCUGAAUAAUUUCAACUCAAAAUUUGCAGACUACUUUCAGAAAGAUUGGGAAAUGGCGGUUAGACUCACCACCUUCUUUUACAAAAUUACACACAAGGAUCUUCAAAUAUUACUGAAAAGGGAAUUCAAAGACAAGAACCCUUCAAUUGAUUUAUUCAUGACGGCAUUACAAUCGACACUGGAUUUUGAAAAGUAUAUUGAUGUGCGAUUUUCCAAAAGAAUUAAAGAAUCGAAAUUAAGUUCCUGUUUUGAACCUUAUUUGACUUUAUGGGUGUCCCACCAAAACCAAAUGAUGGACAAGAAGAUUCUUACCUAUAUGAGUGAACCAAAAUUUCCUUCCAAUGAGGCGGAAUCCCUGGUGUUACCUUCUAGUGCGGAUCUUUUCAGAACCUACCGUUCCGUAUUGUCUCAGACGUUGGAACUCAUUGAUAACAAUGCCAAUGAUGCCAUAUUGACUUCGUUAGCAAAUUUCUUCAGUAAAUGGCUUCAAACGUACUGUCAGAAGAUUCUUCUUCCGUUACUACUGCCUGAUAGUAUUGAAAUACAGGAUAAACAUGAGGCUGCCAAGUAUACCGUUUUAUUGAUCAAUACGUCUGACUAUUGUGCCACGACAAUAGAUCAAUUGGAAGAUAAAUUAUCCGAGUUCAGCAGUAAUCCUGAAAAAAUUUCCAACAGUUUUGCGAAGACAAAAGGCAUAUAUGAUGAUUUGUUAGCCAAAGGGAAUUCUUUUCUCUUGAACCGCGUUAUACCCUUGGACCUAAAUUUCGUAUGGAGAGAGUUUAGCAACAACGAUUGGUCGAAUACUACGAUAGAAGAUUAUAGCAGAUACAUGAUAACUCUCAAAUCCGCACUAAAUGUUUCCGCUUCAGUAGACGCCUCCAAUAAACAACGGCUAGACCAACCUUCUACUUUGGCGUUUAUUUUAUCACAUUUCAAUAGAGAUGUUUACAAAUGGAACUUUUUAGACAAAGUAAUUGAUGCUGUGACUACUAAUUUUGUAAGUUAUAUCAUCCGCAUUUUGCAACCCAUCCCACCAUUCUCCCUGGCAGGCAGCAAACGAAAAUUUGAAACCAAAACCGUGGUCAAUAUCGGUGAGCAGCUUCUUCUUGAUUUGGAAUUGCUAAAGGAAAUUUUUCACACUUUACCAGAAAAUGUCAAUAAUGAUUCUGACUUGCGAGAAAAUACCUCCUAUAAGAGGGUGAAGAGGCAUGCAGACAAUAAUAUAGGCCAACUAUUGAAGUUUAUUAAGCUGCUGGUAGCUCCUCUCGAUUCCGCGGAUGACUAUUAUGAGACCUACUCUAAACUGACAGAUAAUAACCCUGAUUCAGCCGUAUGGUCUUUUAUUCUUGCCUUAAAGGGCAUUUCGUGGGACUUAGCAUUGUGGAAAAAACUAUGGAGUGCGUACAACCUGGAAACUGAUGAGACUGAUGAAGGGAGCAAACCAGAAGAUAAUCGUGACCUUUUCAUUUUUGAAUGGGAUAAAGCACUUUUAAGACAAUUCGAAAGUAACUUGUCAAGAAUUCAAGAUCCAACUUGGUCAAAAUUUGUGAGGCAAGACUUGAAAAUAUCACCACCUAUCGUGAAGAGAGUAGUAUCUACCCGUCAAAUGCAGCAACAUAAAGAAGAGCAAAAAAAGCAAAGCUUAAGCGUCAAAGAUUUUGUUUCCCAUUCCAGGUUUUUUAGUAGAGGAAGCUGA